AGCAUGCUAUCGUCUUUGAUAGUGCCAUUCAAGUAUAUAAGCCCAGGCUCAAGCAGUGUGGAUGAUGAAGACAAUUUAAGUACAAGCAGUGCUGAGGUGAAGGAAAACCGGAAUUUAGGAAACAGGGAGGGUCACUCCUUGCCAUCUAAUGAUAGACCAAAGAAAGGCUCAUCAAGCUUAAAAAGAAAAAGACCACUGGAGGAAGGAAAUGGUGGACAUUUCUGCAAAUUGCAGCUGAUACUAAAGAAACUUUCUUGGUCUGUAACACCAAAAAAUGCUCUUGUGCAGCUUCACGAGCUAAAACCGGAUUUACAAUAUAGAAUAGUUUCACAAACAGGCCCAGUACAUGCACCUGUGUUUUCUGUUGCUGUGGAGGUAAAUGGACUAACUUUUGAAGGCACAGGGCCUACCAAAAAGAAAGCAAAAAUGAGGGCUGCAGAGUUAGCUUUGAAAUCCUUUGUCCAAUUUCCAAAUGCUUGUCAAGCACACUUUGCCAUGGGAAACUGCAUCAGCCCAUCAACUGACUUCACAUCUGACCAAGCAGAUUUCCCAGACACCCUGUUCAAAGAGUUUGAACCAUCUACACACAGCGCACAUUUCUCAGGCUAUAACCCAGUUAGUAAUGAAUUGCUUUCUAGUGCAUAUCGACAUGGGAGAUUAGUCUGUCAUACGUUGGACCUAAUGGGCCAUUCUAAACAAAACAAGCACAAGAUGCUGUCCCCAGCUGGGAGAGAAAAGAACCCAGUUGUGAUGCUAAAUGAGCUGCGGCCUGGACUGAGGUAUGUCUGCCUUUCAGAGACUGUGGAGAAGCAACGUAUCAAGCAUUUUGUGAUGGCAAUGAGAGUUGAUGGCAGGACAUUUGAAGGCACAGGACGUAGCAAGAAAAUGGCAAAAGCCCAAGUUGCACAGACUGCGCUGCAGGCCCUCUUUAACAUACAGCUGACCAGUCAGAUACCCAACAGGAAUAAAUGUAACCAUUUGCCACAGGACUUUGCAGAUUCCAUAUAUCAACUAGUGAUACAAAAAUUCCAGGAACUGUCUGAUCGUUUCUCCUCAGUAUGCACUCGCCACAAAUCUCUGGCUGCUAUAGUAAUGACUAAAGGUUUAGAUUUAAGGCAAGCCCAGGUCAUUGCAUUGGCAUCCGGCACAAAAUGUAUAAAUGGCGAGUACCUAAAUGACCAGGGAUUGGUGGUCAAUGACUGCCAUGCAGAAAUUGUGGCGAGAAGAGCAUUUAUUCACUUCCUUUACACACAGCUGGAGCUCCAUCUGAGCAAACAGGGAACAGAUUGGGAGCAUUCGGUUUUCAUCCGAUUAAAAGAAGGAAGCUAUAGACUGAGAGAAAACAUCAUGUUCCAUUUGUAUGUUAGCACGUCACCAUGUGGAGAUGCUCGGAUCAACUCGCCCUAUGAAAUCACUUCUGAUUUAAACAGGUGUAAGCACAUAGUCAGGAAAUUCCGAGGUCACCUUCGAACUAAGAUAGAGUCUGGAGAAGGAACAAUUCCUAUACAAUGUCAGACUGCAGUGCAGACUUGGGACGGCGUCUUGUCAGGAGAGCAGCUAGUAACAAUGUCUUGCACAGAUAAAAUAACCAGAUGGAAUAUUCUAGGUUUGCAAGGAGCUCUUCUCAGUCAUUUCAUUGAACCUAUCUACUUGCACAGCAUUAUUGUGGGAAGCUUACACCAUACUGGUCACCUUUCCAGGGUAAUGAGUCAGAGAAUAGAAGAUAUUGGUCACUUGCCAACUCCAUACCGGCAUAAUCAUCCUCUGCUCAGUGGUAUAAGCAAUGCUGAAGCACGUCAGCCAGGAAAAUCUCAAAACGUAAGCGUAAAUUGGAUAAUUGGUAGCUCAGAUAUGGAGAUCAUUAACACAACAACAGGAAAGACAAGCUGUGGAAACUCAUCAAGGCUUUGUAAGCACAUGCUGUAUUCUCGAUGGGCAAAGCUGUAUGGAAAGUUAAGCACAAGGAGUUCCAGGGAGACACCGUCAAUGUACUGUGAUGCAAAGCUGGUGAAUCCUCAGUACCAAUCUGUAAAACAGCAGCUAUUUAAAGCCAUUCAGAGUUCAAGCCUGGGCACAUGGGUGAAAAAACCACCAGAACAAGAUCAAUUUCUACUAACUUUCCUGGAAAAGCCUUGACUGUAAAAUGUUGUAUUUAGAGACAUUAUACAAAAUGGCGGAAUUUAUAUGCCUUCUGUACAAACUUUGUUAUUAAUAAACUUCAUUAGAUUAUUUUUGUAAUGCAUUAAAUACACAAGGCCAAA